CUCUCUGAUUAGUCUAUCCUCUGUGUUGCCAACUCAGCCGAGUUUUUUCUCCAUCGGCGAUUUGUCUGGGGCAUGUGUAAAUAUUGGUACAUAUUGUUUUACAUACGUGUUAAUACCUCCGAGGAAUUCAUCAAUUAAAACCACUGAAUUAAUUGAGAGAAUUCGAGUUCCAUCGUCUCCUGGGGUAGUUUAAAAUGAACUCAUUCAAGUGUGGUUUAGUGACGUGUCUGGUGAUGAUGAUCAUCGAUGUCCAGGGUAUCAUGUUCUACCUGGAGGCUAACGGGCGAAAAUGCCUGAGAGAAGAACUUCAGGCACAGACUUUUCUCAGUGGGGAAUAUCAGGCGUCAGAUGUACCUGGCCAGAGGGUAGAUUACGUGGUUAAAGAUUCGAAGGGCAGUAUUCUAUCACAAAAGGAUGAUUUUCCACAUGGAAAACUCUGGAAAUUCUCAUUCAUCACUGAUACCCCCGACUCCUUUGAAAUUUGCUUCGUAUCGCAUGUUCCUCCACAUCAACGAGGAAUGAAGCAAGAAAUCACCCUGAAUAUGAAGCACGGAGUCGAGGCGAAGAGUUACGAAGCUAUGGUCGGUGAGGCAGCGAAAUUAAAGCCCAUCGAAGUGGAAUUGAAACGUCUGGAGGAUUUAUCAGAAACAAUUGUUCAGGACUUCGCGAGAAUGCGACAGAACGAAGAGCAGAUGAGAGAUACGAAUGAGACAACGAACACACGUGUUCUCUAUUUUAGUAUAUUUUCGAUGUGCUGUUUACUGGGUCUUGCCACUUGGCAGGUAUUCUACCUGAGGAGUUUCUUCAGAGCCAAAAAAUUAAUCGAGUGAACGAGUCAUCUCUUCCAAGUGUACAUGUGGGUCUGUGUGUGCCUGUGGUAAAAAAAAAAAGAACAUUGAUGAUCACGAAGUGUACAAUAAUCCAAAACCUAUUUUUGCCAGAGUGAAGACAUCGGGUUGUCGAGUUGUACGAACGUUAUUUCAAUUCCGCUUGAAUUUUUCAUGUCAUCUUUUUUUAAUGUGAAAUAAAAACAAUGAAAUUACUAUUUAA